AUGAGCGAAAGAAGAGACGAAAGUUUUAAUGGAAUGCUGUUUGAGACAGUCCCCUACGGGGAGUUAAGUAGGAGAGACAUUAUGGCUCGUUAUUUUAACCUAUCGGCGCCAAUCGGGCAUUCUGGGGUUCCAUUUCCACAGCAAGUGUACCAGACGGAGCGGGCUUCUGACAUUGGUAAAGAGAGUGUGUUUAAACGUUCAUCAGGUGGAGAGGAAAUACUUGGAGAGAAGAUACUCAAUCUCCCGAUAGAGAUCAAGGUUGAAAUUACGAAGAACUUGAGCCAGUAUGACUUGGUCAAUCUUGCUUCUGUGUCUAAGUCGUUCUACGAUGCUGCGAUGUUUUCGUUGUAUGAGAACGUCGUGGUUGACGCAUCAUACUCUAUAUUAAACGACUCUUUGAGGACGGAUAAGAAUCUGAGAUGCACGUAUAUCAAGACGCGAUACAACUUAAAGAAGUUUAUGAAGUCGUUGUGUGCGGACGAGUUGGAAACUGCUUUUCCGUUGGGGAUUUUGGUCAAGAGCCUUAAGAUCAUCAAUCUUCCGGAUGGUGUUUCGAAUUCCGAGAUCGUGAAUUUUGUUCACAAGUCAAUACAGUCUCUCUCCAGGCUCUCUUGUUUAUAUUGGGAGAGUGGCUCCAGGAAGUUGCCAUUAGACACAUUAAAAUAUCUCCCUAACAAAAAAGAAUUGACGUCAUUGGGGAUUAAUUUGGAUUUGUCCAAGUGUGGGGACUCCAAAAUUGAGUUCCCGCAGCUUGAGAGAUUAUCUGUAGUUCCUUUCAACAACUCAGAGACCUUGUGCAAGUUCAUGAACCAAAUAUCGAUAGAUAAGAUAGCCGAUAGGAUAAGGGUUCUUCAGUUGGGGAGACAGUUGGCAUCGAUGAAACAGAUUAACAAGAGUAACUUAAAUUUGGGACAAUCUUUGAUAGUGACCAAAUAUAUGAUAGAUAAUAACUUACCAAGACCAGAUGCCGUUGGGACUGAUUACACUGCGACUAUGAAUGGAAUUGAUUUUGAGUUUUGGGACUUUUUGAACCCUAUAGUACAAGACGAAAAACUGAACGGUUCGCGCCGUCGCCGCUUCAAACAGUUGGAAAUACUUGACAUCGACAGUGUCAAUAUACUUGCAAAUGAUUCAGAAAAAGUGAUAAGCGCCAUAAACCUUUCGAAACUACAUACCCUUUCGUUGAAUAACGUAAAUGAGAUUCAAUGGCUCCCCGAGGUUGAUUUUCAGCUCACUGAUUUCACAAGUGCUGCUACGGAAAAUUUCAGGAAGGGUUUGCUCAUUAGCAUAGCGCCUCAUCUUAAACAUUUGAAACAACUGCGUCUUGACUACCAAGAAGCAUACAGGGACUCCAUUCCGCAAUUUUUGGGUCUUUUAGCUAAGAACAAUGUGCUCUUGGACGAAAUCGAUCUAACAAUAACCUGGGACGAUUCGAAACUAGCAACAGUUAUGAGCUGGGAAAAACUUAUGGAAAACUACGCUACAGCAAUUUGUAAACAUUCAUCGACUUUGAAGAAACUAUCCAUCGUUACAAAAGAAUCAUUAAGGUACUGCGACGUCCCUAAACAAAUACCCGUCGAUUCAGUGUUAAAGCUCACCCAAUGCACCAAAUUGGAAAGUUUGCGAAUCAACGGAGAUUCGUUACAACCUUCCGGAAUUCAUCUACUUCAUAAGUUUCCCAGACUCCGUUUCUUGUCCCUAUGUGGUGAAAGUUCCGGAGGACCUCGACACAUGGGGCUUCAAAUGGCCCAUGACGGUAUUAUGGACGAUUGGUACAGAGUCAUGCACGUAGCACUUACCCUUGCACAGGCAAACAAAAAUUUACAGUUUGUCAAAAUAGACCGUUGUUUGUUUGAAUGUGGCAAAAGUGGCAAUGCGAUUCCUAGACCCGAUGUGCUAAACGACUGGUUUACCAAACAGACCAGAGUUACCAUAUCUGAAGACCAGUUCUAA